AUGAGUGGACAAUUUGAUUUUCGAGCUUUAUUAAUCAAAGUGCAAGAUCUUUUGUCCGAUGGAGAUCGUGUUCGUUUGCAUUUUCUCUUGGGUGACGAUAUACCUCGAAAUUUACGGGAUAAUCCAUCACUUAGUGGGACACUUUCGGUUCUUGAAUCUCUCUUCGAUAAAGACAUGAUCAGUGAGCAAGAUUGUGAUUAUUUGAUUGAAGCUUUCAAAAAAAUCCAUUGUUACGACGCGGCAAAACGACUUCAAGAACAUCAACGAGCGCAUACUCACAGACACGGGCGAAACUGUUCACUUCAACAUAUUCUUGUCGACGAUAGUGAAAACGAUGGGCAUAUGGCGACUGAUGAAUCGAUACUUCAAACUCAUGAAUACAGUGAAACUACUCCAGUGACAACUCAGUUUGAGCUUGAGCAGGAAGUUAAUCCAAGAUCACAAUUGUUCACGACGAUAUUCAGACAACCAUGUAAUAUUCGUGAAAUUAUUUUGACUAGUAUAGUUCUUCUCUUACUCCUGGCGCUCGUAUCGCUGAUCAUCUUCCGUAAGAAAUGUGUCUCAAGCAAAAACGAAACGUUUUUAGUUAGAGUAGGGCAAAUGAAGUGGGAACACGAAGGAAUAACUGUUGCUGGCGGGUAUGGAAUUGGAAGCGAACUAAAUCAACUCAAUUAUCCAUGGGGAAUCUUCGUCGAUAGAAACAAUUCGAUCUUUAUUGCCGAUUGUUUAAAUCAUCGUGUUAUGAAAUGGAAUUUAAAAGAAAAUCGAGGUGAAAUUGUUGCAGGUGGAAAUGGGCAAGGAAGUAAAAUCGAUCAAUUUGUUUGUCCGUCGGAUAUUGCAAUCGAUCAAGAAAAUCAGCUUUUAUACGUUUGUGAUCAUGAAAAUCGACGAGUUGUUCAAUGGUCAUUGACGAACAAAUCCGAUAUACAUAUCAUUAUUCCUAAUAUUGAUUGUUUUGGUGUAGUUAUGGAUAAUAGGCGUUAUCUUUAUGUUUCGAACCGGGUCAAGAAUGAAGUUAUUCGAUUGAAGCUAGGCGAAAAGAAAGGAACUUUAGUUGCUGGUGGGAACGGUAAAGGAAAUCGUUUUAAUCAACUCAACUAUCCUGGAUUUAUGUCUAUUGACGACGAAUAUGCACUUUAUGUGUCAGAUAUACAUAAUCAUCGUAUUAUGAAAUGGAAAGAAAAUGCUAAAGAUGGAAUUGUUGUUGCUGGUGGUAAUGGCGAUGGUAAUGGUCUGAAUCAACUAUCUUAUCCUCGAGGUGUUGUUGUUGAUGAACUGAAACGAGUUUAUGUCUCAGAUAACAUGAAUCAUCGAGUGAUGCAGUGGUGUAAAGAUUGCUCGAAAGGUGAAAUUCUUGUUGGUGGAAAUGGAGCUGGAAAAGGAUCACAUCAAUUAUUUUAUCCAACUGGUAUAGCAUUUGAUAGAAAAAGAAAUCUUUAUGUUGCCGAUAAUACAAAUCAUCGAAUUCAAAAAUUUGUAGUCGAUGAAGAAGAUACGAUUUGA